AUGACAUUGAGCGACACUCAAAUACAAAUUUUCGAAGAGAUAUUUUCAUUCAGAAAUUGGCGGCGUAAAAUAGGUUCAGAAAACAAACUAGUCGGCUUUAUUCCGACUAUGGGAUGUUUACACGAAGGACAUUUGAGUCUAAUAAAACAAGCAAAUCAAUAUUGUCAAAUUAUCGUCAUUUCUAUAUUUGUAAAUCCUGCUCAAUUCGCUCCGAGUGAAGAUCUUGACAAGUAUCCACGUACAUUAUCCGAUGAUCUUGAUAAAUUAUCCUCUCUUAAAUGUGUUGAUGCAGUGUUUCUUCCAAAAGUGGAAGAAAUAUAUCCAGCAGGAAUUCCAUUGGAAAUUAAAGAACAGCAGGGUACUUUUGUUGAAGUAAAAGGAAAAUCUCAUCAGAUGGAAGGAAAAACUCGUCCAGGAUUUUUUCGUGGUGUUGCGACGGUUUGUACAAAAUUAUUUAACAUCAUUCAACCCGAUAAUGUCUUUUUUGGCCAAAAAGAUGUACAACAAUGUGUGAUUAUACGAAAUAUGAUUCGAGACUUGCAUUUUCCUAUAGAAAUGCAUGUUGGAGAUACUGUUAGAGAAAAAGAUGGAUUGGCUAUGAGUUCUCGUAAUAAAUAUCUCACACCCGAAAUGAGAAAGGUUGCAAUCACAUUAUAUCAAAGUUUAAUUGAGACAAAGAAAGCUUUUGAAAAUAAUAUAAGGGAUCGUAAAAACCUCCUUGAUCCCGCUUUUGAACUUAUAGAGCGCGUCACUAAAGAAAAUGAAGCACAAAAACUUGGAUUUUCCAUAAAAUUGGAUUAUUUAUCAUUAACUGAUCCUGACACAUUAGAAGAAAUCGACAGAAUUAAAGAAAAAGGUGCUAUUUUGUCAGGCGCGUUAUACGUUGGAUCAACGCGACUAAUUGAUAAUAUAUUAUUUAAUUGUAAACUAUAG